AUCUACUCUUCGUAUAUAGUUUUGUAUUUUGGGACAUUAAAGAGACCUAUGACAUGAAUAGAGUUAGGUUUAUUCUCUUCCGCCACACAGCUUAUGUUUUCUCGUGUAAACUACAUUUCUCGUGCAUUCUACCGAACUUCCAGUGUUGCGAGAUCGGCUGGUGUGGUGCAUGGACGAACACGUUUGUCAGUGACAAAGUAUCCUGAGUUGAAAAGGGAUUCCAGAUUCCAGUCAUUGAACGACAAACACAUUGAUUACUUCCGGGCCGUCCUCGGCGAGAACUCUGUGGUUUAUGACAAGGACCCUGAAUCAGACGCCAUUGUACACUACAAUACUGACUGGUUCAAUUUGUACAGAGGUACAUCCAGCCUGGUACUCUUUCCAUCCGACACUGCGCAAGUAUCAUCGAUCCUAAAGUACUGCAAUGAAAAUAGACUGGCCGUGGUGCCGCAAGGUGGCAACACCGGUGUGAGUGGCGGAGCUGUUCCGGUCUUUGAUGAAAUCAUUAUCAAAAUGUCCCGCAUGGAUCGUAUUCGGAAAAUCGAUCAAGUAUCUGGAAUCGCUGUGGUUGACGCUGGUGUUAUCCUUGAGAACUUGGACAAUGCAGUGAGUGAACACGGAUACAUGGUUCCUAUAGACCUAGGUGCUAAGGGCUCAUGUCAUAUAGGCGGAAACAUCAGCACUAAUGCUGGUGGUCUUCGGUAUGUGCGAUACGGUAGUUUGCAUGGCAAUGUACUUGGCUUAGAAGUGGUACUCCCGGACGGCACUGUACUGGAGAAUCUAUCGACUCUGAGAAAGGAUAAUACUGGAUAUGAUUUGAAGCAACUGUUCAUUGGCUCAGAAGGGACUCUGGGCAUUGUAACCGGAGUGUCUAUAUUGACUCCUCAGCGCGCAAAGGCUACCAAUCUUUCGCUAAUUGGCCUUGACUCUUACGAGGAUAUCCAAAAAGCGUUUGUUAGAGCGAAGGCAGAUCUCUCCGACAUUCUAUCGGCAUUCGAAUUUUGGGAUAAGGAUUGUAUUGAAGUCGUGUCCGAGAAAAUGUUACCAGGUGUACAAUUUCCUCUCUCUUCUGAAAAGCCUUAUGAGUUCUAUGCUUUACUAGAGACACAAGGAAGCCGUAAGGAGCAUGACGAAGCAAAAUUGGAGAGUUAUCUUGAAAGUUUGCUAGAAGACAACAUUGCAAAGGACGGCGUGGUUUCACAGGAUAUUAAACAGACACAAAGCUUAUGGGCCUGGCGAGAAAUGAUACCAGAGGGCAUGACGAAAUAUGGGCCAGCCAUUACUUAUGAUGUAUCAAUGGAUAUACCGCUCCUGUACAAACUUGUCAUGGAUACAAGGGCACAUUUCGAAAAAAAGGGUAUGAUUGGCCCGGACAAGGAUUAUGUCAAACUCAUAGGAUUCGGACAUGUCGGUGACGGGAAUCUUCAUAUUAUGGCGGCGACGAAUCGUAAUGAUUACGAUUUGCAAAAGCAGCUGGACGACUUCGUUUAUACAUGGACUGCUAAACAUAGCGGCUCUGUGAGCGCCGAACAUGGCAUUGGCAUAUCGAAAAUUGGAUAUUUGCCAUACAGCAAGAAGAAACCAGUUCUGGAUCUGAUGGCUAAGCUCAAAGCUCAAAUUGAUCCUCGAGGAAUUAUGAAUCCAUAUAAAAUAUUUGCUAAUAAGUACAUACUUUCUGCACUCGGUUGCAAGCUAAGGAUGGACGUGUAUACAGGCACAAGGCAAUCGCGUGAGUAACCCGCCGUUAAAAUCUACCACCAGCAAUGUAAAAUAUCGAUACCAGUGUGGAGGAAUCUCUGGUACAAAAGCCACUCUACCUCCUCAAAGGUUCGAUGACGAUUGGGCAUUUUCCCC